AGCAGAGGAAACUCUGGCUGGGGCAGACCGCGGAGCUCCGGCAGUUCGUGGGGAACGGCGGCCGGAGCAGCACAACGGGCAAAAUACAAUAGAGGCGACAACGGAAAGAAGCCCUUGGUCCUCUCCCGUAAACACACUCCCCUCCACCGCCACCUCCACCUUGGCACGGUGCUGCCUGGCGCCCGAGGCCGCUCGGACUGCUAUGUAACUGCGAGGCUGCGGGAGGAAGGGGACCGGGCAGAACAGGUUCGGCUGUGGGAGCCCCUCAGGGCCAAGUUUGCGGCCACUUCUGCCCGCGCCCUCCCGUAGCCCCCGCUCGCCCCUUCCUGCAGCCCAGCCGGCCCGGGCGUCCUUCGCCUCCUCUCGUGCCCAGCAGCCGCGGUUCCUGGCCACCAUGGUGACGGUGGAGGAGCUGCGGGAGAUGGACUGCAGCGUGCUCAAAAGGCUGAUGAACCGGGACGAGAACGGUGGCGGCGCGGGCAGCAGCGGCAGCCACGGCGCCCUGGGGCUGCUGAGCGGCGGCAAGUGCCUGCUGCUGGACUGCCGACCGUUCCUGGCGCACAGCGCCGGCUACAUCCGAGGCUCGGUCAACGUGCGCUGCAACACCAUCGUGCGGCGGCGGGCCAAGGGCUCGGUGAGCCUGGAGCAGAUCCUUCCCGCGGAGGAGGAGGUCCGCGCCCGCCUGCGCUCCGGCCUCUACUCAGCCGUCAUCGUGUACGACGAGCGCAGCCCGCGCGCCGAGAGCCUCCGCGAGGACAGCACCGUGUCACUGGUGGUGCAGGCGCUGCGACGCAACGCCGAGCGCACCGACAUCUGCCUGCUCAAAGGUGGCUAUGAGAGGUUUUCCUCCGAGUACCCGGAAUUCUGUUCCAAAACCAAGGCCCUGGCAGCCAUUCCACCUGCUGUGCCCCCAAGCACGGCCGAGUCCUUGGACCUGGGCUGCAGCUCCUGCGGCACCCCACUGCACGACCAGGGGGGUCCCGUGGAGAUCCUUCCCUUCCUCUACCUCGGCAGCGCCUAUCACGCAGCCCGGCGAGACAUGCUGGACGCCCUGGGGAUCACAGCCUUGUUGAAUGUCUCCUCUGACUGCCCGAACCACUUCGAAGGACACUAUCAGUACAAGUGCAUCCCGGUGGAGGACAACCACAAGGCCGACAUCAGCUCCUGGUUCAUGGAGGCCAUCGAGUACAUCGAUGCGGUGAAGGACUGCCGCGGGCGCGUGCUGGUGCACUGCCAGGCCGGCAUCUCGCGCUCGGCCACCAUCUGCCUGGCCUAUCUGAUGAUGAAGAAGCGCGUGAGGCUCGAGGAGGCCUUCGAGUUCGUGAAGCAGCGGCGGAGCAUCAUCUCGCCCAACUUCAGCUUCAUGGGGCAGCUGCUGCAGUUCGAGUCGCAGGUGCUGGCCACGUCCUGCGCGGUGGAGGCCGCCAGCCCGUCGGGGCCGCUGCGCGAGCGGGGCAAGGCCACUCCCACCCCUACGUCGCAGUUCGUCUUCAGCUUCCCGGUCUCCGUCGGGGGCCACCCGGCGCCCAGCAGCCUGCCCUAUCUGCACAGCCCCAUCACCACCUCCCCCAGCUGUUAGAGCCUCUCGGAUCCUCCCUCCCCUACACACGUCGGCUCUCAGCCCGGGUUGGGUGGAUCCCUGUGCGGGCAGCAGGUCGGGACUGGCCCGCAGGGGGCGACAGAGCUCCUUGCAUCCAUCUCUCUUUGGCCAACCGGGGGGGCCAGCUAGAAUGGCAAUAAGGACUUCGAAUACACAUUUAACGCAAACAAACACAACACUCCAACUUAGAGCAAUAAUGUCUUCCUCGGCAGGCAGGGAAGACCUGGGUUUUGGUUUGUGCGUCAGUUUUACUUUUCAGAUAGGAAUUUCUUACCUCAUUUUUUUCAGCAGUAAGGCUUGAAGUUAGGAAACCCACAGAUCCUGGCAAAGGUGCCCACGCAGUUUUAUUGAGGGGGAGGGGAAGGGAGGGAGGGGAGGGAAAAGGGAUAAGAUAAAAACAAGUUUGCCAGAAGUGCCUGGUUCUGUGUGCUCGGUCCUUUUGUUGUAGUUACAGGAUUUUUUUUUUUUUAAAGAAAUCUUUUAGGACAUGGUUUUUCUUUCUAAGUCACCACCAAUAGGUGAAUAAUUAUGCGUAACAAUAAAUAAAAGUAUUUAUUAAGAAUUUCCUCAGAGUAUGUAAGUACAAAGAGUCUAGUGAUGGUGAAUCUAGAAUAUAUUUAUGUUAAUGUGGAUCAGCAGGGCACAACAGCAUGCAGACGUCAAAGCAGUUAGGGAGUAAGUGGUGUGUACAAGUUAGCAUGAUGACCAGCUUGCGUUUGUUACCGCAGAGAAGGGGGCAGGGUGGGGUGGGAGGAGGAAGAAAGGAAGGGACUACUUUUUCAUUACAGCCUCCCUCGGUAUCCGCUGGGGAUUGGUUCCAGCACCCCUUCCCUCCGUCGCGGAUACCCAAAUCCGUGGAUGCGUAAAUCCGCUGAUUCUUGCAUCCGCGCAUACUGCAUCCGCGAAUACGGAGCGCAGAGCGCACUUGGUUCUUGGGCACAUUGGGCCAUUGAAGCGAUU